AUGGCGAACAGUGGAGAACAGCCGGAGAUUUUUCGAGCCGCUAUUCUUUACCGAGAAUGGGGCUGGCGUUUAUUCAAAUUGGAGAAACAUGCCGAUGCGAUGAAGAUGUUUCAGAAGUCGAUUACAUUUGCGGAUACUAACGAUAUUAGGACCCUUCUUGGCCUGAGUAUUGUUUUAGCGCGUCUUACCGAGUACCUAGAAGCCGCAAAAGUAGUGGACAAGUUAAUGGAAAUCGAUCCACAAAAUUAUAAAGUGAAAUGGGAAAGGGUUGACAGUCUCUUUAAAAUCGCUGAGUUCGGUUAUAGCAUGAUUCAUGCAUACCAAGGACUGCGAAAACGGAGAUACCCCUUUGAAUGGGGUAUCUUUCAAGGGAACGAAACCAUAGAGGAUUGCGUGGGGAGGAAUACCUCGCCGAUAGCAUUAAGGGAAUUAUUCCCAUGGAUAAAAGAGAUGCAACGAGAACGUAAAAUACGUUUCAGCAAACUGGCCGAGGAGGAGGACGAUGACUUUGUAGAUACAACAGAAGUUGACGAAGAACAAGCUCGGUUCAUAGUGAACGACCCAGAAACAAAGCGGGAAAUCCACCUUAAGAUGUGGCACCGCAUAUUGGCCCAGACAUACCUCGGGCAUUUAGCUCGCGAUAAAUACUUCCUCGACGAAUGCAUCGACAAUCCAAACCUGCGAUCAGCCAACAAGAACGGCAGCGACGAUUUAUGCGAAAUGGUUGAGAGAUGCUACGACCAGUCCGAAUACCGCCAAGAGAUCCUGCGAAUCCGAAAGCCAUUCUACGUCUUCAGAUUUAUGCGAAAAGCGCGGCCAUUGGGUCACAAAGCGAUGAUUUGGAACGAGAAGCAAAUACGUCGGCAUAACAUCGUCCUCGAGGCGAAUUUCCUCUUGUUAAGGCUACACAACACCAGGAUGCAGCGUGACUACCCUCUGUUCUUCCGAUACGUCGACCGUACUAAGGUUAAGUUCGAUUCGUACCCCGAUGACAUGUUCCCCCUGAAACGGAAGUGCCUUAAUACGGUAUACAAGAUGGCCGCCUGGGCGUACAUAGAUCCGCGUAAUCUGACGGAUUUACCGGAUGAGAGGACUAAGCUGCGUUACCUGAGGCAUCACAUAGGAUUUCGGGUGGGAAAACUGCCACGAAACAGUCAGUUGGCGUGGGUACCAACUCUCGACCGCAAGGCGGCGCUGGGGCGCUUCCGAAUCAGAUUAGCAAUGGCGUCGGAAGCUCUGGAGCUCGCUUGGCUAUUCCACGAGCUAUCGAAGCUCCUCGUAGAGAUACGGCGCUUCGACCUGGCGAGAUUUUACGCUAAGAAGGCCAGAGACGCCGGCAUCGAGGCAAAGAGCGAUCAAUGGACGUUGAACGCGAAUCACAUUCUCGUCAGGAUAGAGAUUUACCAGCAUAAUAGAAACGAGGCCAGAGAAGCGGCGCAGGUGGCGCUAUCUACUGCCGUGAAGUUGGACCUGGAUUACCUCGUAGACUUUUACAAGCGCGCCAUUAAGCUCGUCGAGAAGAUCGAUCUAGAUAAAGUCGUCGACACGGAUAGUAUAGCUAUACGGGAGAAGGCCAUUUUGGACCUGAUGCCGGAAGAAAAGAAGACGGAAGUGGAUUUUCUCCUGAGGAGCAUGAACGUCGUCCCGGCGAAGCGCAGGCUGUCGGUUAUGCCCGGGUGUAAAACCGUUAAUCAUAAAUACCAAUUGCCUUGUAAAAGGAAUACUAUAUUACCGAGCUCGCCUAAGAACCCGGAAAAGGAAGCCAGGACGAAGUUGCUCAACCGGUACGCGCAUGCGCAUAAGGUCCUGGGGUCGAUCAAUUUUUCGAAAUACGAAUGAACCGAAUGUCUGCAGGGAGACGUUAGUAAAGUGUAAUAGAGUAUAGAACGACUCGAUGUUUCAUUGCUGAGGUGUUAUUAGGUAUUAGGGAAUAUUUCCUUACUGAUUCGUGGAGAUAUACCCGUAUAUUGACGUGAAGAACACUCGACGGCGUUCGCUUCGCUUGAAAUGUAUUUGCCACGAAACUCUGCCGAUGUUUAAGCCUGACGGUAAGAACAAGGUGUACAUUUUUGACGUUACAUGCCUUGGAGCAAGACUGCGUGUUCUGAAAUUGACCGAAUUAAAUAAGAUAUGUAAAUCAUUCCUAAGAUAAUUAGAUUUAGAGUGUACAACAAGAGACAUUUUAAAAUUAAUACCCGGACAGCAUAAAGUGUAUUGACGUAAAGAACACUCGACGGCGUUCGCUUCGCUUGAAAUGUAUUUGCCACGAAACUCUGCCGAUGUUUAAGGUAAGAACAAGGUGUACAUUUUUGUAAAUCAUUCCUAAGAUAACUAGGUUUUCAGAGUAUACACCAAGAGACAUUUUAAAAUUAAUACCCAGACAGCAUAAAGUAUAUUGAAGUAAAGAACACUUGACGGCAUUCGGUUCGCUUGAAAUGUAUUUGCCACGAAACUCUGCCG